CAUAACUUAAAAUGCACGAUAUUUAUUACUUUAAAUUUGUUGGUCUUUUUUUUAUGUAGAGGGAAACUUUCAAUCUUUUUUUCAAUCUUUCAGUGUCCCAACCAAAACGUAACCACAAAAAUAAAUUGCAAAAAACGGUUUAGUAUUAUGAUUUCUUUACUAAAUAUCUUAAUGUUUUGAGAUUAAAUUCAAGUUUUGAUUAUAUACUAAUAGCUAAAGGUUGAUAAUUUUGCUUUGUCUUAUACUUAAUAUCAUUGCUUUAUUUCAAUAAUCAUUAGUUUUCUUUACCGCUAUGACAUAUAAUCGCUACCAAAAGCACUUUACUUCCCAAGGUGAUAAUCAACCACCAGUACCACAAUUACCACCACAACAAUCACAACCAGAACAACAACAAUCAUUACCUAUCAGACAACAAGGUUCAAGUAUUCUCAAUGAUAUUAAUCAACCACCAACUCCUCGUUUACAACCUCUUCCACUUCCACUGCCACCUUCUCAACAGUAUAUUCAACCUCGAAACUUAACUACUUCUGUUCCACCUUUACAUUUAAACAGUGAAAGAUCACCCUUCAGUUUAUCACAACCAUCAGUUCGUUUUCAAGAAGUUACAGAAUUAGCUACAUUAGUUGAAGAAAUGGAAUUACCCCCUCCUUCUCCACGGAUAUCUGAUACUUUUACAGGUUUAUAUCAAGCGGCAUAUUCAAUAUUUCACAAUGAUAGAGUAGUACAAGAUAUUGAAAUAACCCAUGACCCUGAUAGAUAUGGUCAUCUAUUAUCAGCCCAAGAAUCCGUUGCUUCUAAUACUUCCAAUAAUAAUGCCCAACUGAGUCCUAGAAGAGUAAGACCAAUCUCUGUAAGAUCAAAUUUAAGUUUAAGUUUAGAUGUCGGAUAUAGUCCAACACCAGGUCCUAAAAUGAUUCAAUUUGGGAAAUUUAGAAAUCAAUAUGAUACUAGAACUCUUAGAUGUCCCAUUGGUCAUACAUCUGAAACAGCUUAUACUCCAUGUCAGUAUUGUCGAUAUCUUCCUUAUGUUUCAUCAUCCUUAAGUUCAAAAGUUAUUAAUAGAGGUGAUAAAAAUAAAGCACCAAUUCCAACUACUGCUUCAAGUAUGAAAAGUUCAAGUUCUAAAAAUGAUGAUGAUAAUGGUAAUAAGACUCCAAGUUUAUUUCCAAGUCCCACUCCUAGUGCCAGUCGUGAUCGUGACACUAUUUAUUCCUUUGAUAAUGAAGAUGAUUAUGAGGAUGAUGAAUAUUAUAAUGAUAUGGGAAAUGGUUGGUAUAAUAAACCGUAUGUUGAUAACAAUGAUAUUUUACCAAUUACAUCGAAUACAGUAUUAGAAACAAGGUCAAUUCGAAAUGAACUCAAUAAUAAACUUACUAGCACUACCACUACUAAUAAUAGUUUAAGUUCGAAAGAAAUUGAAAUUGCAUUAGAGAGUCUUUUAAAGGAUAUUUUAAAUCAAAUUCAUGAAGUUGAAGCUAUAAAGGAUGAUUCAAGUCCCAUGAAUCUUCCAUUAAUUGAAUUAAGAAAUCAUGAACUUGCAAGAGAAAGUUCGAAACGUAAGACUAUUAAAACGUUGAAUGGAUUUUAUCAAUAUUAUUAUCAAUAUUAUAAUAAUCAUUAUCAUAAGAAAGAUAUUGAUUCAACUAAUACUGUUAUUACCACUACUAAUAAUAAUGAAAAUGAAUCAAAUGAAUUAAAUUCAUCUUUUUCAGAACCUUCAGCAAGUACGUUAAAGAUUGAUUUACCUAAAUCGAAUCCAUUAACUAAAUUAAGUUUUAAAUUAAGAUCAUUUUCAUUAUAAAUUUAUUAUUGUAUUAAAUAUCCGAUAUAUAGUUUUAUAAAAAAGA